AUGGAAACAAAGAAAAUCAUAGGUUUAGGAAGUCCAUUACUAGAUAUUUAAGCAGAAGUUCCUGCUGAAUUCUUAGAGAAGUAUGGAUUGACACUUAAUAACACUUAUUUUGCAGAAGAGAAACAUUUGCCAUUAUAUGAAGAAUUAAUUAAUAUUCCUACCACUCUCAUGUUCCAGGAGGUAAAUGAUAAAUUUAACUUAUUUUUAGGAUCUGCACUUAAUACAAUAAGGUUAGCAAGAUGGAUGGCUUAAGCAGGUUAAGAUUAAGUCAAAUUUAUUGGUUGUGUUGGAAAAAAGGACAAAUUUGCUAAUAUGUUAAUUGAAGUGACCAAUA